GAGCGAGGGAGAGAGAGAGAGAGUAGGAGGCUUUGUUUACUUAGGAAGCCGAGCGCAGCUAGUUCUGCAGCCUUACUCAAACAAGGUGUGUGUGUGCAUGCACACACAGACACAGUGAGUUGAGCUGAGUGACGGCGGGAGAGAAAGAGAGAGAGCGAGAGAGUCAAGAGUUUAGAGUGCGUUUGCAGAAGACAAGAAGGUGAAGAAGAAAUAGGUGAAAGAGGAAGGAACAUUUUGUUCUUACUGUAGCUUUUCUCUCUUCAUCUACACGUGUGAUCUUUCGGAUUUUGCUGGAGAAUAAGGAUAGAUUCAAUGAACGGAAGAGAGUUUUCCUCUCAAACAAAUGAAGCAGUAUGGCGUGGCUUAGCCUGCACUGAAGAAGCGCUAGAGCGCCCGCACGCACCUGCAGUGUUACCGUUUUCAACCUCAACUUUUUUUUGUCCCGUGAGGGAAAGUGCAACAUUUGGCGGGAUUUUACUUGGUUUUCAGUCUUUUAAGUUUUCAUGUGCCAUGCUUGUGAAUCCUGGUUAACCGAGAACAAGGUGCCUUACUUUUGGAGUGAUCAUUUGAUUUGGAUUAAACCUGAGCACGAGGGUCAGAGGGACGAUUUAUUGGGCGAGCGAGCAUUAUAGCGACAGAAAGAUGGAUUUUGAUUCGCGGGAACAUGAGCCGGGUCUCUCGCCAGCCGCCUUUGUAAACCAGGUGCAAUAUUCCAACAUACUGGAGGGCCGUUUCAAACAGCUGCAAGAUGAGAGAGAGGCAGUGCAGAAGAAGACCUUCACUAAAUGGGUAAACUCCCAUCUGGGACGUGUGACCUGCAGGAUCGGUGACCUCUACACUGACCUCCGUGAUGGCCGUAUGCUCAUCCGCCUGCUGGAGGUUCUCUCUGGAGAACAGCUGCCAAAACCUACAAAGGGUCGUAUGCGCAUCCACUGUCUGGAGAACGUCGACAAAGCUCUACAGUUUCUGAAGGAACAAAAGGUUCACUUGGAGAACAUGGGUUCUCACGACAUUGUCGACGGAAAUCACCGUCUCACACUCGGACUCAUCUGGACCAUAAUCCUCCGCUUUCAGAUCCAAGACAUCAGUGUUGAGACGGAGGACAACAAGGAGAAGAAGUCGGCCAAAGACGCCCUGCUGCUGUGGUGUCAGAUGAAGACUGCAGGGUACCCAAAUGUCAAUGUCCACAACUUCACCACCAGCUGGAGAGAUGGUCUAGCGUUCAGCGCCAUUGUACACAAACACAGGUCAGACCUGAUUGAUUUUGAUAAUCUCAAGCGCUCCAAUGCCCACUAUAACCUGCAGAACGCCUUCAACGUGGCAGAGAAAGAGCUGGGUCUCACCAAACUACUGGAUCCCGAAGAUGUGAAUGUUGAUCAGCCAGAUGAGAAGUCCAUCAUCACGUAUGUGGCCACAUAUUACCACUACUUCAGCAAGAUGAAGGCACUCGCCGUAGAGGGCAAGAGGAUUGGAAAGGUGCUGGAUUAUGCUAUCGAGGCAGAUCAGCUGAUAGAGAAAUACGAGACUCUUGCGUCUGAACUGCUGCAGUGGAUUGAACAGACCAUCGUCACCCUUAAUGACAGACAGCUUGCCAACUCUCUCAGUGGGGUUCAGAACCAGCUACAGGCCUUCAAUACCUACCGCACUGUGGAGAAACCACCCAAGUUUACUGAAAAGGGGAAUUUGGAGGUCUUGCUCUUUACCAUUCAAAGUAAAAUGAGAGCAAACAAUCAGAAAGUCUACACGCCAAGAGAGGGAAAACUCAUCUCUGACAUCAACAAGGCUUGGGAGAGAUUGGAGAAGGCCGAACAUGAGAGAGAGUUGGCUUUGAGGAACGAGCUGAUUCGUCAGGAGAAGCUUGAAAUGCUGGCCGCACGUUUUGACCGCAAAGCAGCCAUGAGAGAAACCUGGCUGAGCGAAAACCAGCGGUUGGUGUCACAGGACAAUUUUGGUGUCGACCUGGGCGCUGUGGAGGCCGCCACUCGUAAACACGACGCCAUCGAGACCGACAUCCAGGCGUACGGCGAGCGCGUGGCUGCCGUAGAAGCUGUCGCAAGAGAACUAGAGGCGGAAGGAUAUCACGAAGUGCGACGCAUCUUAGCGCGAAGGGAUAAUGUGCUCAGGCUGUGGGAGUAUCUGAAGGAACUACUUGCAGCUCGGCGGGAGAGGCUGAUUGCGCACAGAGACCUGCAGCGCCUCCUACAGGAAAUGAGACACAUUAUGGACUGGAUGGAAGAUAUGAAGAGUCGUCUGCAAUCUCAAGACAGUGGUAAACACCUUCAUGAUGUGGAGGACCUGCUGCAGAAACACACUCUUGUUGAGGCUGAUAUAUCAGCACAGGCUGAGAGAGUCAAAGCCGUGCAGGCCGCCGCCAAGAGGUUUACUUCAAAUGAACAAAGUUAUAAGCCGUGUGACCCAGCACUAGUUGAAGAAAAGGUGGAUCUGCUGGGCAAAGCUUACGAAGAACUCGGCCAGCUAGCAGCAGAACGAAGAGCCUUACUUGAUGAAUCACGAAAGCUGUGGCAGUUCCUGUGGGAGCUGGGAGAGGAGGCCUCGUGGAUCCGAGAGCAGGAGCAGAUCCUAUCUGGAGGAGAUUACGGAAAGGACCUGAGCUCCGCUCUUCACCUCCUGUCCAAACACGAGGCUUUCCAGGAAGAGAUGGCAGCCCGGUACGGCCCUCUGGGGAAUAGCAUUGCUGGAGGAGAGGCCCUGGUGAAGGAAGGCCACAUCGCAGCAGCUGAGGUGACAGAGCGGAUCACAGAUGUGAGAGCACAAUGGGCGCACCUGGAGGAGGCAUCUCGGUUGCGUGAGCAGAGGCUGCAGGACUCCGUAGCUUUCCAUCAGUUCCAGACAGAUGCCAAUGAUAUGGAGGCCUGGAUACUGGAAACACUAAGACAGGUGUCUAGUCAAGAGGUCGGCCACGAUGAGUUUUCUACACAGACUCUGGCGAAAAAGCAGAAAGAGGUGGAGGAGGAGAUUCAAAGUCACAGAUUACUUAUAGACUCACUACAUGAACAGGCCUCAACACUGCCAGAAGCUUAUGCACAAUCCCCACAGGUGGAAGGCCGCCUUCCAGCAAUAGAGCAACGCUAUGAAGAGUUGGAGGGCUUGUCGUCGUCAUGGCGACAGGCCUUAGAUGGAGCGCUCGCCUUGUACCGCAUGUUUAGUGAAUCUAGCGCCUGCCAGCUGUGGGUUGGAGAAAAGGAACAGUGGCUGCACAACAUGGAGAUUCCCUCCAAACUCGAAGACCUGGAGGUGGUCCAGCAGAGGUUUGAAACUCUAGAGCCAGAGAUGAACACGCUGGGCGCUCGCAUAUCCGAUGUCAAUCAAGUGGCCCAACAGCUGCUCGGAUCCGACAACCGCAACAAAGAGCAGAUUAACCAGACACAAGAUCAGCUCAAUAACAGGUGGUCUGAAUUCCAGAGUUUGGCCAACAACCGUAAACAAGCUCUAGAUUCGGCACUGAAUAUCCAGAACUAUCAUCUAGAGUGUAAUGAGAUCAAGAGCUGGAUGAAGGAGAAGACCAAGGUCAUAGAGUCCACGCAGAGCCUUGGAAACGACCUGGCUGGAGUUAUGGCCCUGCAACGCAAGCUCACUGGUAUGGAGAGGGACCUGGAGGCUAUACAGGGAAAACUGGAUGACCUACAGUCAGAGGCUGAGAAAUUGGCGUCUGAGCACCCAGAGCAGGCAGAGGAGAUCAUGGGUCGUCUUGCUGAAAUCCAGGAGGUUUGGGAAGAGCUUCGAGCCACCAUGAAGCGGCGUGAGGAGUCACUGGGCGAGGCCUCCAAGCUACAGGGCUUCCUCAGAGACCUUGAUGACUUCCAGGCCUGGCUGUCUCGUACACAGACCACCGUAGCUUCUGAGGACACACCCACCUCUCUGGCCGAAGCAGAAAGUUUGUUGGGCCAACAUGAGGCCAUAAAGAACGAAAUCGAUAAUUACAGGGAGGACUACGAGAAGAUGAGAGCUACUGGAGCUGAGGUGACUCAGGGUCAAACAGAUGCUCAGUACAUGUUCUUAGCCCAGCGGCUACAGGCGUUGGACACAGGCUGGCACGAGCUGAGGAGAAUGUGGGAGAGCCGUCACUGCGUCCUUGCGCAGGCCUAUGAUUUCCAGACUUUGUUGCGAGAUGCCAAGCAGGCAGAGGGCUUCCUCAACAGCCAGGAGUACGUCCUAUCACACACAGAGAUGCCUUCCAGCCUACAAGGGGCAAUAGAGGCCAUCAAGAAACAUGAGGACUUCCUCACCACCAUGGAGGCCAGCGAGGAAAAGAUCAAUGGUGUGGUCGAAUCUGGACAGAGACUCAUAUCUGAUGGCAACAAUAAUGCAGACAAGAUCCAGGAGAAGAUCGACUCCAUUCAGGAGAGACACCAGAAAAACAAGCAAGCAGCCAAUGAGUUCCUGGCUAAACUGAAGGAUAACAGAGAGCUGCAGCACUUCCUACAAGACGGACAGGAGCUGACUCUUUGGAUAAAUGAGAAGAUGUUAACAGCUCAGGACAUGUCAUAUGAUGAGGCCAGAAACCUUCACAGCAAAUGGCAGAAGCACCAGGCCUUCAUGGCUGAGCUGGCAUCCAAUAAAGACUGGCUGGACAAGAUCGACAAGGAGGGACAGGCGUUAGUGAAGGAGAAACCUGAGUUGGAGCAGACGGUAUCAGAAAGUCUAAGUGGUCUUCAGAAACAGUGGGAGGAGCUGGAGAGCACCACUCAAGCUAAAGCUCAGUGUCUGUUUGACGCAAACAGAGCUGAACUUUUCACACAGAGCUGCUCAUCGCUGGACUCAUGGCUCCAAAACAUCUCCUCUCAACUCCAGAGUGAUGACUUUGGGAAAGAUCUCACCAGUGUCAACAUUUUACUCAAGAAACACCAGAUGUUGGAGCAUCAAAUGGAGGUACGUGAGAAAGAAGUCCAGUCUCUACAGUCACAAGCGCUGGCUUUGACCCAAGAGGAGUCUGGGAUAGUGGAGGUGGAUGGGCAGCAAAGAAGAGUGACAGACAGCUUCUCUCAGCUGCAGGAUCCUCUGAAAAUGCGCAGACAGCAUCUUCUCGCUUCAAAAGAGGCUCAUCAGUUCAACAGAGAUCUUGAGGAUGAGAUUUUAUGGGUUAAGGAGAGGAUGCCCCUCGCCACUUCCACAGACCAUGGCAAAGAUCUGCCCAGUGUCCAGCUGCUCAUCAAAAAGAACCAGACUCUGCAAAAGGAGAUUCAAGGUCAUCAGCCACGUAUCAAUGACAUCCAGGCCCAUGGCAAGAACAUGUCCCCUGAAAAGGAGUUAGAUGUGGACACAGAGAGGAGGGCUGGUUUAGAAGGUCGUCUGGCAGAGCUAGGGGAAUCAUGGGACCUCUUGAUUUCUGAAACGGAGAGGAGAAACGCAAGGCUGGAAGAGGCUAACCGAGCACAGCAGUUUUACACAGAUGCUGCAGAGGCCGAGGCCUGGAUGGGAGAGCAAGAGCUUCAUAUGAUGUCAGAGGAAAAAGCAAAGGAUGAACAAAGUGCUCUGGUCAUGGUGAAGAAGCACCAGAUUCUGGAGCAGGCUCUGGAGGACUACGCCCAGACCAUCCACCAGCUGGCCAAUAGCAGCAGGCUCAUGGUAAACAGCGAGCACCCAGAAAGUGAGAGAAUCACACUGAGGCAGGCCCAGGUGGAUAAACUGUAUGCAGGGUUGAAGGACCUGGCAGAAGAAAGGAGAAGCAAACUACAGGAGAGACUGAGACUGACCCAGCUGAAGAGAGAGGUGGAUGAUUUAGAGCAGUGGAUCGCAGAGAGAGAGGUUGUCGCUGGAUCGCAUGAACUCGGACAAGACUAUGAACAUGUGACGAUGUUGCGUGACAAAUUCCGGGAGUUCGCGCGGGACACCAGCACAAUCGGUCAGGAGCGCGUGGAUGCUGUGAACCUUCAGGCAGAUGAACUCAUAGAGUCGGGUCACCCGGAGAAUGCCAGCGUGGCCGAGUGGAAGGAUGGCCUCAAUGAGGCCUGGGCCGACUUGCUGGAGCUCAUCGACACGCGCACACAGAUGCUGGCUGCAUCGUAUGAACUGCACCGUUUCCAUCAGGAUGCCCGGGAGGCCCUGGGGCUCAUACGGGAAAAGAAAGAAACGCUGGCCGGCGCCGAACUCGGACGGGAUCUGAACACAGUCCAGCAUCUGCUGAGACAACACACGGCCUAUGAGCAUGAUGUGCAGGCACUAAGUGGGCAGGUAACACAGGUGCAGGACGAUGCAGCUCGUCUGCAGAAAGCAUACGCUGGAGAGAAGGCUGACGAUAUCAACCGACAUGAGCAUGCGGUCACGGAGGCCUGGGAGGGGCUUCAGUCCGCCACUAAAGACAGACGGCUGCUCCUAUUGGACACGGUGGAGAAGUUUAGAUUCUUCAAUAUGGUCAGAGACCUCAUGCUAUGGAUGGAGGGAAUCAACUUACAGAUCCAGUCACACGACAGUCCGAGGGAUGUCUCAUCCGCUGGCCUGGUCAUUGCCAACCAUCAGGACAUUAAGUCAGAGAUCGAGACUAGAGCAGACAGCUUCACUGCAUGCAACGAAAUGGGAUGCACCCUCAUCAACAACAACCACUAUGCUUCAGAUGAGAUUCAAGAGAAGUUGGAUCAGCUGCAGGCCAAACGCACUGAAAUUAAUCAGAAGUGGCAAGAGAAAAUGGAUCAUUUACAGAUCGUUCUAGAGGUAUUGCAGUUCGGCAGGGAUGCAUCCAUGGCUGAAUCGUGGCUGGCUGGGCAGGAGCCAUUGGUCAGGACGGCAGAAUUGGGCUCUAAUGUAGAUGAGGUUGAGAGUCUGAUCAAACGUCAUGAAGCUUUUGAAAAACUGGCAGCUGGCUGGGAAGAGCGAUUCACGCUGCUUGAGAAGCUUACCACGCUGGAAGAAAAGGAGAUUCAAAGAAAAAGGGAAGAGGAAGAGAGGGCCCGGCGACCACCCACACCUCCUCCCCCGGUAGAGGAAGUAGUACAGUCUGAAAUGAACGAUUCGGCUGCAAGGACGAGUCUGGACCAGACUACAUUGAACCAGUCAGUAUCUGUCAAUGGUGUCUACAGUGACCACGACACAUCACAGUCAUUAUCCGUAUCUGAACUCAAGAAACCUGAACCUAUUCCUGAGACUAUACCUCAGUCUAACCCCGUUUCUAAACCUGUGCCUAAAGCCCACAAGGCACAGGAGCGUGGAUCAGAAUCAGAUUCCGUUAAUGGUCCUGGCCAUGACAGCGGUCUGGACUCGGCAUCUCGCCAAGAGCCUUCAGCAACACUGCCAGGCCGAGGAGCAGCAGAGGCGACCCCAGAAGCUAUAGAGGGCAUGCUCUGCAGGAAACAGGAAAUGGAAUCCCACAACAAAAAAGCAGCCGCCAGAUCAUGGCAGAAUGUAUAUUGUGUAUUACGCAAAGGCAGUAUGGGAUUUUACAAGGACAACAAAAGUGCAUCAAAUGGAAUCCCAUACCAUGGAGAAGUUCCCAUCAGCCUCAACGAGGCUGUCUGUGAGGUUGCCCAUGACUACAAAAAGAGGAAACACGUAUUUAAACUAAGGCUUGGGGAUGGAAAGGAGUAUUUGUUCCAAGCAAAGGAUGAGGCCGAAAUGAGUUCAUGGAUUCAAGGAAUCCAGGCAACGUUGUCACCUGGUGACGGUUCGCCGGCUGCCCAAAGGGGUCUCAGUCGGGCAAUGACCAUGCCACCUAUUUCUCCCAGCUCGGGCGAGGCAGGAGGUGUGACCAUGCGCAACAAAGAUGGCAAAGAGAGAGACCGCGAGAAGCGCUUCAGUUUCUUUGGCAAGAAGAAAUAAGCACCCAAAUAUGCCACCGAUCUCCACAGUGAGCGAAACAACAGAUGGAAGUUUGUCGACAUUUAAAAAAAAACUUAAAAUGUUAGAAACGGGGAAGAAAAGUCGCAUGUCACAUUGUGCUACAUUUUAUUUUUAUUUUUGCUCUUUCUUCCACUCGUUUUUUAAAAAUUACUCUCAUUUGGCACAUGGAUCUUGUUCAAUAUCGCCCCCUAGCUGUCGUGCCACGUUUGCUCCGCAAUGUAGUAAAUUCCCAAGGUUAAGGCUUCUCAAGAGAAGAUGUAGUGACGUUCCUGACCAGGACCAGCCCCUAAAGCAACAGCUAAUUCAUGAGAAGCUUCUUGUUCAACUCAUAACUUUCACUUAGUUUCCUUUUUUUUUCUCAAAACUAUUUUAACUUGGAGCUAGACAGCUUUUCCAUACUGUUGAAAGACCAAGAGUGCUAUUUUGUCUCCCCCCAAAUAAUUAGUUUUUCUGUGUUGAUUUCAACCUUUCACUUUCUUUGUGAAGGACCACAAUCCUUUUUUUUUUUGAAGAUUUAAUUGUUAUUGCUAUUAUUAAUAUUGUUUAUUUGCUGUCGAUUUGAAAUUGAAUAUUUAAAAAAAAAAAUGAAAGAAUAGUUGAUUGAGUCAUUUUCAGGACAGACCAGGCUGUGAGUCAAAGGUGGGAGUUUGUGCCGGUCUUUUUUUAUCUGUGACUGUUCUAACCGACCAAAUUUUUCCUUUCUCUCGUUUUUCUUGAUAUGACUAUGUUGAUUGCUUUUUUAAAAAAGAGUAGUUUUUUGAGGUAUGCAAGUUAAGAGAGUAAAGAGAUAACUUACUAUUUAUAAUGCUUUUAGUUCUUUUAUCUUUGAACUCUUCUGUUCUGUCUCUUUACUUUCCAUUGAGAUUGUAUGGCUUAUUUCAUUACUUUAUAACCUUUUUCUCUCUCGUUCUUAGACCAGAAAAGUGUUUGUGGUGAAGAUUGGUAUUCAAAGUGUGAUGCUGUGGUUUAGACUUUCAUUUGCUCAAAAUACAAAAAUCAAUUGCACAAGCCAAGAUUAAACUUACAAAGAGUUGUGAGGAGUGGCAUAUAUUCCUUUCUUGUUCCUUGUUGCUGAUUUAAAUAUGUAGUUGACCAAAUUUCUUUGUAAAGUUUAUUAUCUGGCAUCAGUUUUACAUACACACAGGCGUACAAACACAUGCUUUUCUCCCCCUUAGAUCUACACUUUUUACAGGGAUUAAGCUCUUUUAUGAUCGCUGAAGUUGGCAUUCGUGUCAGUGAUGCUCAUAAGGUUGUUGCUGUAUUUUUAGGUGUGUGUGUGUGUUGUGCGUGCGUUUGUAUGUGUAUACACAAAAGAGGUUGUUUUCAGGUAUAUUGAUUGUGAAUGUGCUUAAAAAAAGAGAAACAAAAUUACUGAGGUAUAAUGUGGACCAAAUCAACAGUUUCCCCCUAUUAAUGGUGAUUGAAAUAACCUAUUUCCUUUAUUUGUAUAUCACAAAUUAUCUUCCUUGGAGGAAUAUGCCAUUUUUACCGCACACAGCAUAUAAUUGCAGGUUUUAUACUCGCGGGCAGGAGAAAAUGAUCUCCCGGUAACCGUAAGUAACAUACGGCAGGACCAACGCAAUCUACCAUGCAGGAUUUCAGAUAAACUUUUGCAGUUAUGAAAAAAGCAUGAUGUAUUGUUAACAAGUGUACCCACUGUGGCAUGAAAUCAGUAUUUUUGUAGGAUAAAGAAGAUUUUUCAGCGUCAUACGAUUGUGAGAAAGCUUGCCUUGGUGUGUUAAUCUUAGCAAGGUUUUUUUGACAGCAUACGAUAAUGCUCCCGUUCUCUGAGGUGUGUGGAGUUUUGAACCAUGAACUUAUGUCAUCUCAUUCAUUUUGACAUUUUAUUUAAAGACUCAUUUAAAGGGUAGGCACACAGUAAACAGAAAACCCUAUCCUUUUUAUUUUUUUGCUGCAAUAUUUGAUGCCAACUCUCUAUUAGACCUAUAAAAAAGCCAGUUUGUAUGGACAAUGUACCAAAACCUUUUUUCCUCUGUUAUGUAUAGUAAACUGGGAUUUACUUCAGGGAAUCAGAAAGGCAUCUUGUUAUUAGGAGGUUAAAGUCACCAUAACAAAACAUUAUAUAGAUCAAGUUCCACUAAGGUAAAACGAUACCUCACACAAAAUUCUGUUCUUGAGUUUUAAGAUGAUUUAUUUAGACUGAGCUGAACUACAUUUUGGGAUGUGUGCGAAGUUGCAUAAGGUUACAGUUCAUAUCUCUCUUAUUUAUGCUGUUGAUUUUUGUUCUUAUUCUAUAUGACAAUAACUUCAUCUACAAGUUUUUGACUAACCCUUUCUUGCCCUAUUUUUUACAUUCUGUCCAGUUUGGUUAUAUGGUCAGUUACAUUAUGGCACAUAAGAGCAUCUAGAUAAUUGAGCCAAUUUAUGUGAAUUCCUAAGUGUUGGAAAUUCUUGGGAGAGUUAAAGAUGAAUUUAUAUUGCAAUACAUGAAUAGAGUGAAUUAAUGGGGGAAAGUUCAUCACUCGAAGUGUGGCCUCAAACUGCUAAGCGUUACAUUCAUUUUUUAAUAGAUAUUUUUCCCCUUAUCCAGUAGUCAUAUAUUUUGCAACAUGUAAAUGCAUUUUCACAAAUUCCCACCAAACCCAUUCUUCUAAAUGAGUUGUUAAUAUCACUACUAUUCUGUUGUUAUUAUUAUUAUUGUUAUUAUAAAAGUAAUUAUAAAUAUUACUAUUAAUACUACUACUGUUGCAACUGCACCUCAUGUAAAACUGCAGCCUAUUCUUGCUGAGUUUUUGUCUGUAAUACCAAACCCCGCCACUUGGGGGCAAGUGUGCUGUGGAGCAUUUUUCAUUACUGAUAUAAACAAGAAAAAGACUUGUUUGUUGACUCGUGUAUCUACAUCUAAUAUUAGGAAUAAAAAACAUGAUUUCAAAAGAA